UGCACUCUCGAUUUUAUUUUUUAUACAUACCCUAAUAAUCUUUAGUGGGAAGGGGACGUUUCCUCGUUUUUCAUCUGUUUGUAUGUGUCCAUCUUCUGACACAACUUUGAUAAUGGCACUUUCAUACAUCUAACGAACACACAAACACGCACACACAUACACACACAUCUUUUUCUCCACUCUGAAAAAGUUUAAGUUCUUUGUAGAGGUGAUGGCGCAGGACUGCCUGCAUCAAAUGAUUUGGAAAGGAGGGUCAAAUCACUGAACUUCCCUUGUUUGAUCAAUUCGCAGAUGGCGAUGAUAUGCAACACGUGCACACUCAGAUUUCCAUCACACGAGGGCUCACCCCAUCAGAAUUAGGCUAUUACACUUUCUCUGCAGUCAAUCAGUACCAACAAUUAUCUUCAACACUUCUCUCACUGCCAUUCAUAUGAUUGAACACCCUCCUCCUCCUCACCACCUUCUUUCUUAUUAAUAUUUCAUCAACAGGUCUGAUAGUUAACAGGGAUAACAAAAUAAAUUAGGUGGUAUAUUUUCCAAGAUCGAUGGCGACGUACUUUCAUGGGAAUUCAGAAAUCCAAGGUGGUGGCGGUGAUGGCUUACAGACGCUGAUUCUCAUGAAUCCCGCCUACGUUGGAUAUUCUGACACCCAACAGCAACAACCGCCACCCAGCAGCAACUUCGUAUUCCUCAAUUCCAACUCCUCCGGAAACAACGGCCAUAACAUCCCCCACGCGCCGCCCACUCAGACCCAACAUUUCGUCGGCUUCCCCCUUCAAGGCACCACCUCCGCACCCGCCCCCCCCCCCGCCCCCGCCGCCCCGCCACAGGAUCCCCAGCAGCAAGAUGUUUCGGCCCUCCACGGUUUCCUUCCAAGAGUCCAAUACAAUCUCUACAAUCUGCCCAUCGACCUUGGAGCGGCGCGUGAUGUCACACGCGCUCAGCAGGGACUCUCGUUGAGCCUUUCCUCGCAACAACCUCCUGGAUACGGCUCGUUUAGGCCAGAAAGAGAGGUCCCGUCCCAGCCACUGGUGACGGCUGUGUCCCCCCCUCGCGGGGGCGAAGAUGUUAGGGUGUCUGGGGGAUCGCCCUCAUCGGCUUCAGGGGUGUCCAAUGGUGUGAAUGGAGUGCAAAGUGUGCUGCUGAGUUCUAAGUAUCUGAAGGCGGCGCAGGAGCUUCUUGAUGAAGUCGUUAAUGUUGGAAAAGGAGCUAAGAGUGCGACAGAAUCAUCCAAGGGGGCUAAUGGACAGCCCAAGAAUACCGGAGAUUCCUCCUUGGCGGCGGCGGCCGCUGGAGACGGACAAAGUGGAGGAGAGGGCAGUGGAAAACGUGGGGCUGAGCUCACUACAGCAGAGAGACAAGAAAUUCAGAUGAAGAAAGCAAAGCUUGUUAACAUGCUUGAUGAGGUUGAGCAGAGGUACAGGCAGUACCACCACCAGAUGCAGAUUGUAAUCUCCUGGACAAGCAGCGCAGCAGGCAUCGGUUCUGCAAAGACUUACACUGCUCUGGCUCUGCAAACAAUCUCAAAGCAAUUCCGGUGCCUGAAAGACGCAAUCUUGGGCCAAAUCCGAGCUGCAAGCAAAAGCUUAGGUGAAGAAGACAGUUUGGAAGGGAAAAUCGAGGGGUCGAGACUCAAAUACGUCGAUAAUCAGAUAAGGCAGCAAAGGGCCUUGCAGCAGUUGGGAAUGAUCCAGCACAAUGCUUGGAGACCCCAGAGAGGAUUGCCCGAGCGAUCUGUUUCUGUUCUUCGUGCCUGGCUCUUCGAACACUUCCUCCACCCUUAUCCCAAGGACUCGGAUAAGCUCAUGCUUGCUAAACAGACGGGGCUUACCAGGAGUCAGGUUUCUAAUUGGUUUAUCAAUGCUCGAGUUCGUCUCUGGAAGCCAAUGGUAGAGGAGAUGUACAUGGAAGAGAUGAAGGAAAACGAAAAGAAUGGAUCAGAGGAUAAGACUAGCAAAAGUGAACAGAAUGAAGAUUCAGCCUCAAAAACCACUGCUCCACAAGCCAAGAGCCCAGGGACUGAUCAUCCGAACAAGAAUUUCAUCUCGAAACAAGAGAACCCCAUUAACCAGAAUGCUGCUCCUGUGAUAUCAAUGUCCACAAACUCAACAUCCCCAACUGGGACAACCUUGAGGAACAUUGCAGGUUUUAACCUUAUCGGAUCAACAGAAAUCGAAAGCAUUACUCAGGGGAGUCCAAAGAAGCUGCGCAAUGCCGACAUUCUACAUUCACCGAGCAGCAUUCCAUCAAUGAACAUGGAGUCAAAGCCCACUGAUCCCCACAACGAGAACAUGUCAAUGAAAUUUGGCAAUGAGAGGCAGGGCAGAGAUGGGUUCACAUUGAUGGGCGCGCCAACAAAUUUCAUUGGAGGAUUCGGCUCGUACCCUAUUGGGGAACUCGGGAGGUUUGGGACCGAGCAGUUCCAAGCACCAUACUCAGGCAACGGCGUUUCUCUCACAUUAGGCCUCCCGCAUUGUGAGAAUCUCUCCAUGUCAGGAGCCCACCAGACAUUUCUGCCAAGCCAAAGCAUACAGUUAGGACGAGGUGUUGAAAUCGGGGAAACAAAUGAUUUCGGUGGAAUGAACACUCAGACAAACACACACUCAACCAACGUGUAUGACAACAUCAACAUUCAGAACCGGAAGAGGUUCGCUGCGCAAUUGUUGCCAGACUUUGUAGCUUAACUGAUGAGUUUCAGUAGAAGCAAAGUUAGAUAGGCAAAGAGAGGUAUUGCCACAAGGUACUCUUAGGGUCCUCUUCACUAUUUUUAUCCCUUUUCUUCAUUACUAGGAAGAAGAGGAUAAUUACAUGAUAGUGUAGAGAAGGGUAAGAGAAACUUAGAUAGUAUAAGUAUAUAAAUAUGUAUACAUAUUUCAGGAGAACCAUUUCGGUUCUUACAGGCAGCUUAGGUUUUUUAGAAUAUGGUUGGGGAUUGUAUAUUAAUUUUGUUUCUGCAGAUAAUAGAUGAUUGUGAUAAUGUAAUGUGGAGAAAAACUAGUUAUUUUGGGUGGUAUACGAGAAUAAAGAGUGGUUUUAAAUCUGGUAUA